UCUUGUCUCUUUUUCAGCUGGUAAAACUGUGCUUGCAUCAGACAUUCUUCGUUCCCAACUUUUCGUAUUCCGAAUACAGUUGGAUCCUAUCUCGUUUACUGUCUGUUGGAUUCAACCAUGUACUUGGUCGAAAUCUUCUUCUACCCCUAUAUGGGUGUGCUUUUCCUUCUAUGCAGCAGCUGCGUAGUGCUUGUUCACUUCUUGAGACCCAUCGACUUGAAAUGGUCGCUUGGAAAGAAGAAGUGGGCAAUGCCCCCGGGGCCGCCAGGCGUACCAGUCUUGGGAAACCUGUCUCAGAUGAUGCAAGCCCGCCGCGAACCCCUUUCUUUCAAUAAUUGGCUGGCCUCUUUGGUACCGUAUGGCGAAAUGGUGACGCUGCACAUGGGAUCGAGGACGUGGGUUGUGCUCAACUCGGACCGCGUCGUCUCGGAACUCAUAGCCAAGCGAGGUAAAAUCACCAACGAGAGGCCCUACAUGCCCGUCGCGAGUGACCUUGUGAGCAACGGAAAGCGCACGGUGAUACGGCAGGAAGAAGAAUGGAAAGAGGGACGCCGUGUGAUGCACCAUUUGCUCAGUGGCUCGAGUCUCAAAGUCUACGCUGGCAUGCAGGAGCUCGAGAGCGUAGACAUGCUGCGACGAUAUCUCCGGGAGCCCGAUUUGUGGUUUGCACACAACUUUCGAUACGCCACGUCCGUCCUCUACCGGAUCGUCAUGGGCUACCCCCUGAACAAGACCAGAGCGCAGCUCGACGACUAUCAGAGGGUGACGAUGGAGUUCGUCACGAGCAUCAACCGGAGCUACGUCGACUUUUUCCCCGUCUUCAGCAAACUCCCCCAUGCUCUGCAGCCCUGGCGGCGUUUCUGGACUCGGAUGGGCCUGUUCCAUCGCCGUGUUUUCCAGGAAUGGUGGGAGCCCAUCAAGGCCGCCGUGACCAGCGGCUCUGCCCCCCCUUCCUUCGUCCGCGACGUUCUUCUCCAUCCAGACAUGAGGUUCUCCGGAGACGACGAAGAGGCAAUGUACCUGGCCACCUCUGUCAUGGCCGCCGGUGGCGACAACACGCGCAUGACCAUCAACGUCUUCAUCAUGGCCAUGGCCACGCGCCCCGAGGCCCAGGCAAGGGCACGCCAAGAGGUCGAUCGAGUAUGCGCCCAAGGCGACUCGAUCAGGCUUCCACGCAUGUCUGACAUGUCGGCGAUGCCCUAUGUAGCCGCCAUGAUCAAGGAGGUUCUGCGCUGGCGACCGACUGUCCCCGUAAUCCCUCCCCACCAACUCACCCAGGACCUCGAGUUCGACGGAUACUCCAUCCCCGCCGGCACAAGUUUCCUAAUCAACUCGAUCGGGGUAUCGAGUGAGUUUGACAACGCCCACGAGUUCCAACCAGAGAGAUGGAUCGACGCUCCUGGAGUCGACAAGACACCCAACUUCUGGGGCUUUGGUGGCGGACGUCGGAUCUGCGUUGGCUGGAAAGUUGCGGAGCAGGCUCUGUUCAUCGCAUUCGCCCGUUUGCUUUUAUGUUUCGAGAUUACCCCGAACGGACCCAUUGACGACGAAAGACUUAAUCACCAAAGUCUCAGUGAGCCAUUUUCUAUCAAGGCCACUGUUCGCAGCGCUAAGCACGCGUCCCUUAUUGAGUAUGAGGCAUCGAAGUACGAAGCUUCAUUCUCUACAUUUGGGGCUAGGUAAGUCCUGUUAAAUAGUAGACAGCAUCUCAUUUUAGAGAGCCGUUGCAAAUUGAAAAGAAUCAACUACUUAGUAAAGAAUUUCAGUAUUACAGUGCAGUUAUGGGAGUCAUAUUUCUGAUACUACUGAUAAAAUCCACUGCCAUUAGAAUUCUAGCAGCUACAAAAGAGCCUUAUUAAUGUUUGUUAGUGCCAGAAAGAAAGUAUUACAAACUAUACAGCUUAAUGGAUAUCAUCAUGAAGAG